GAAAGGAAUACUAAUUGUUUUGUAAAGUUCAAGGUGGAGAAUUUACAUCCGUUUGGCCUGCUAUGAAGUAGGGAAAUUUCCUUGGGUCACAUAUGGAGCCUUCGAUAUGUCACUAUCUUGCACUUUUAGUAUCGCCGAGUUAGACCGACAAUGACGACGCUCAGUCAAUGAGGAUAUCACACUGGAGAACAAUAGAACUGUGUCUGUACAGAGAUGUCCUCUUGCGAGUAUAAAGAGAUUAGGAGAUCCCGCCCUUCUAAGUCAUCAUCCAUCAUUCACUUUUCCCUAUUCGCAGUCGUUGUCCUUCAGCCAUGUCUAUUAAUGCCACAAUGCGUGCUGUCAUCUGGGCAGGUGUGCCUUUCCAGAUGAAUGUUACGAACUUACCUAUGCUAACAGUUCAAAGCCUAACUGACGCACUCGUCUGAAUCACUACCGCAGCCAUCUGCGGCACUGACCUUCACGUGUACCAUGGAGUGUAUGGCAGCAGCAAUGUUCCUUAUACAAUCGGUCACGAAGCUAUUGGAGUGAUUUCCGAAAUAGGCAGUGCGGUAACCGGAUUUUCAGUGGGUGACAGAGUAAUUAUACCAGAUGGUGUUCAGGAUGGUCACAUUGGCGGUCAAUCCCAUCUAGCAUAUGGUCUGGGUUCGGAUUAUGGCAUGAUAGACGGUCUUCAAGGUAAGCAUACAUGAUCCAGCCUCUAAGAUGUUUGUUUACUGACGUAGAAUCACAGCUGAGUACGCUCGAGUUCCUUGGGCAGAUGGCAACCUCAUGGAAAUUCCACCAAGCAAUGGUACGAAUCUAGACAACGAUUAUCUCCUGGUAGGGGAUAUCUGGGGAACAGCUUGGGGGGCUAUUGACUAUUCUGGAUUUCAACCCGGGGACACUGUGGCAGUCUUCGGUGCUGGACCUGUUGGACUUCUUGCCGCUUACACAGCGAUCCUCCGCGGCGCCUCGCGAGUGUACUCUGUGGAUCACGUUCCCGAACGACUUAAGAUUGCUGAAUCCAUCGGGGCGAUUCCUAUUAACUUCAACAACUCCGAUCCCGUGGAACAAAUUCUCCGUUGCGAGCCGCAGGGCGUGAGAAGGAGUCUUGACUGUAUCGGUUUUGAGGCAAUCGACCAACAGGGCAAUCCACGUGAAAACGAAGUCAUCAUGAAUAUGGUCGCUGUAACCGGCCAACAGGGAGGCAUCGGGCAGAUUGGCAUAUUCGGCGCGUCAAACAUUUCAACUGGAACUCCCCUUGCAGGCACUUUAUCACACACUAUUGACUUUCCCAUGUCCGACUUCUUCAGCAAGGGAUUGAGUAUGAGAAGUGGACCUGUUGACAUUGAAGCGAUUGCUCCUAAUCUCAUUGAGUUAAUUUCGAGUGGUCGCGCGCGACCAAGCUUCAUUGUUAGCUCAGAGAUCAACAUUGAACAGGCUCCAGAAUACUUCCGUCGCUUCGACGAGCAUUUGGAGACCAAGGUUAUGAUUCGCUUUCCUGAAGCUUGAUACAAAUCACCCGAAGAAUCCCCAAUCACUGUUUCCAUCAGUUAUCCACGAGGGGAUGAGGAGCGUAGGGAUCAGUUGUAGAUCUAAUGUGGGACUACUUCCUUUUCUGGAAUUGGUUUAGUGUAAGAUUGGGUUACGUUCAUUAAUACGGA